AUGGGAAACAACGGGCACACAAUCACUAAACUUCUUAUCAAUGAAAACAUGCACGAAAUCAAGGAAUUUAGAAACCAUCAAUUUUCAAUGAAUGCAGGUUACCUGCAUAUAGAUAACUACAUUCAAGACAACCAACUACAAACUCAGAUCACAUCUUCAUCUCAAUACACUUCACAAGAGAAGUUUAUGUACAAUGUUCAAGCUAAAACUCUUCGCCAAAUCAAGACUGUUGGACAUGAAAUGAUUUGUGUCGCUGUAGCAACUCUGUCAAAGGUUGUGCCAGACAAAUUCGGUUGGUUUUAUCUUGGUUGCACUAAUUGCACAUUCAAAGCUUUAGAAGGGAUUACAAAUUAUCAUUGUAAAUGUGGUGUUCAGGCCGGUGAUACUGACAUAAGGAUAUAUCCAUCAGAACUUCGAGACAUAAUGGGGACCACUCUAGUUUUUUGUGUAAAACUACAACCAUCUUCAAAACAGUGUUCUGUUAAUAAGUCAUGGAAUGAUACUGCACUUAUUGCUACAAUUAAGGAACAAUUUCAAAUUGAAGAGAACACAUCCAAAGGAGAACCGAGUCGUGAACUUCUUAGUCAAGAAAUACUAUUUGACACUCAAUCAUUAUCAACGACUGAUGAAAGCGAUAUUGAAAAUAUUCAGGCAGCUACAUCGGCUAAAAGGCCUCCAACUGAUUACCAACAAGAUAAUGGGGAUAACGAUGCAAUUGCAAGAAUAUCAAAUGUAUAA